GCGAUGGGCAAGUGGACUUUGAAGAGUUUGUGACGUUACUUGGACCCAAACUUUCCACAUCUGGCAUCCCCGAGAAAUUUCACGGUGCUGAUUUUGACACCGUGUUCUGGAAGUGCGACAUGCAGAAGCUGACGGUAGAUGAACUGAAACGGCUGCUGUACGACACCUUCUGUGAGCACCUUUCCAUGAAGGACAUUGAAAACAUCAUCAUGACGGAGGAGGAAAGUCACAUGGGGAACGCAGAGGAGUGUCCAGUUGAUGUGGAAACAUGCUCGAACCAACAGAUCAGGCAGACGUGCGUCCGGAAAAGCCUCAUCUGCGCCUUCGCCAUUGCGUUUAUCAUCAGCGUCAUGCUCAUCGCGGCCAACCAGGUUCUGAGAAGCGGGAUGAAGUAA